AUGUGUGAUUUCCUAGUUCAUCGUACUCAUUUAUAUAAACCACGUCUUUCAUCAAUAUUAAGUUUAGCUCAUCAUCAUCAAAGUUCGUCAUCAAAUCAUUUAUUAGCUGUAUUACGUUCUGAUCAUUCAAUUGAAUUAUGGAAUACUCAUGAUUCAUUUACACUUGAACGUACAAUUCAACCACGUAAUGCAUCACAUUCACCUGAACUUGUUCUAUGGCUUGAAAAAUAUUUAAUAACAGCUGGUCUUGAUGGACAAUUAAUAGCUUAUGAUCCAAUAACAUUUGAAAUUUUAACAUCAUGUCAUGCAGCUGGUGGAGCUAUAUGGAGUAUAACUAAACAUGAAACAACUCGACAAAUUGCUGUUGGAACUGAAACUGGACAUGUCAACAUUUAUCAAAUUGAUGAAGAUGCUACUCAAUUUUCUUUAGCUACAUCUGUAUGUAAACAAGCUGCACGUAUUGUUUCAUUAGCAUGGCAUACAACAGAUGAUGAUUUUCUUGUUGCUGGAAGUAUUAAUCGAAUCUAUAUAUGUUCAACAAAACAAAAACGUCCUAUUCAACAAAUUAAUGUUGGAAAAUUAUCUUCAAAUUCAAAUAGACGUGGGCAAAAAGAUACGAUUAUUUGGUGUUUAGCUGUAACUGAUGAUUAUACAGUUUUUAGUGGAGAUUCAUCAGGUCGAACAUGCGUUUGGGAUGCUGUUUAUGGUACUUUAAUUCGAUCAUUUCAAACUCAUCGUGCUGAUGUUCUUUGUAUGACAUUAUCAUCAGAUGAACAAACAUUAUUUUGUUCUGGUGUUGAUUCAGUUAUUGUUCGUAUUGAACUUGUAUCACCAAAAUCAACAACAACUACUACAACAACAACAAACGAUUCAACAAAACAAUGGAUUAAAACAAUAUCAAUUCAUUCUCAUACACAUGAUGUUCGUUCAUUAACAUUAAUUCCAUCACGUUUUGCAACAAUACGUAAAAAAGAAAAUAAUUUAAGUAAUAAAUUAAUGUUAAUAUCAGGUGGACUUGACGCACGUUUACUUGUUCAUGAUAUAAUUCGUGAUAAUUCUAAACCACCUGUUUUAUGGCGAAAAUGUUUUAAUUUUACUCAACAUCAAAAUAAAAUUCAUCAAAAAGGAAAUUAUUUUCUAUUUACAUAUCGAGAUUAUAUUGAAUUAUGGUCCAUAGGAAAAGAAGGUGGCCUAAAUGAAAAUGGUGAAGAUAUACUUGAACGUGCACCGAAAAAUCUUGUUCAAAUUAAAACAAAACAUCAAGCUAGAAUUGAUACUGUUGCUAUGACAAUAAAGAAAAUAAAAGACGAAGAACAAAUUAUUAUUGCUAUGGGAGAUACGAUUGGUUUACAUGUUUAUGUUAUUCAAGGUCUUGAUCCUCAAUCUCAAUUGAGUGUAACACCAGUAAAAACAUAUUCUAAUGAACAAAAUGUUGAACAAGCAUUUUCUUCGAUAAUAAAUAUAAUUCAUUUACGUUUUAAUUCAUCAUCAUUAUUUGCUUUAACAUCUCAUAGUCAAUUAUAUUGUUUUUCAUUAUCAUCAUAUAAACUUAAUCAUAUUAUAUCAUGUUUACCAUCUACACUUCGUUUUCAAGUUUCAUCUAAAUAUAUAGCAACAGCAGAUCGUCAUGGACAUGUAACAAUUUAUUUAAAUUCAACAUAUAAUAUUUUAACACAAUUACCACAACAAACAUAUCAAUGUACAGCAAUGUCAUUUUGUAAUGAUCGUCUUGCAUGUGCAUAUGCAAAUCGUUCAUUAAUUGAAUAUGAUAUUCAACAAAAUGAAUAUUCAGAUUGGACACGAAAAUAUUUAGUACGUAUGCCAUUACAAUGGUUUUCUGAACGAAGUCCAAUUAUAAAUUUAUUCUAUGAUACAAAAGAUAAAUUAUUUGUUAUUGAUUCAACAUAUUUAAGUAUAAUUGAACGUGGUAAAAAAAUGCCUGGAACAUAUACAAAAAUAUUUAAUAAUACAAAUCAAAGCAAUUCACCAAUACAUGUUUGUAAACAAUUUAAAUAUCUUUUACAUGUUACACUUUUAUCAUCAACAUCAUUAUUUGUUGUCGAAUUAUUACCAUCUAUUGUUGAACAGUGUUUACCACCAGCAUUAAAACGAAAACGUUUUGGUACUUAA